CGAGUAUCUGAUGAGGUGAACGAUACGAGUCAAGGUGACUCAUUGAAGUCGAUUCAGAUUGAUUAUACUGCUAUUAUCUGAGAUAAGUAGCCAGGCGCAGAAUAAUGGCGACCGAAGCUGCAGAGACGGUGCAAGCUGUGAGCGACAGGAUGGAUAAUAUGGAGCCUGCUAGCUUCUCGUGGCUACAACCUCACGUCAUUUUCGUCGUCAUCCUCGUCGGUGAAGAAGAGAUACCCUUCGGCAUCCAGCUAGAUUUCCUUUGUGCUAAGUCAACGUUCUAUCGUACUCACUUCGCCAAUAAGCAAGGUAACGAAGAGACCGAGAACGAGAAGAUUGAGCUCGUCGUCAAGCUGCCACAAGCCACCCCCGAGGUCUUCGGACUUGUCCAGAACUUCUUAUACACUGGUAGACUCUUCACUGACGUGGAGUCACUUCCUGGUUAUGAAGUACUGAUAUCUACCUGGAAGCUUGGCCACGAGCUGGGAAUUGAUGGUCUCUGCGAUGAAGCUCUUGAAGCUAUGACUGAGUGUAGACGCAUCACCCAUCAUAUCCCCGCCACCCCCCUCCUUGUGCAGGCCUGGAAAGACGCUCCUGAGGGCUCUUCCAUCCGUAAACUCCUUCUGAACUGGGCCGCCGAAUAUAUCAGAUCCUCCGAAUCUCGUCAAGAGUUCACCAAGUCGCUUCCACAAGAAGUCCUCAGCGAGCUUGUAAUUGCUAUGAGCCAUCUUAACUCAUCGCCUGUCAUACAGGUCAAUCCUCUUCCAUCCCCAACCAAUCAACCUCGAAACAAGAACGUACACUACCUUGAGGCCGAGGAAAGCGAUGGUGAAUCUCACCAUAAGGUACAGAAACAGCGUCACUCGGAUAUUAUCCAGGCUCGCUCGAACCACCAGACCGAACGCAAGGUUGGACCCAAGAAGUCUGUCCCACGAGCGUCGCUACCUACGCUGAAACUCGUUAAGAAACGAUCUAGCCUUGGUCAUGUAGAUGACCAACAAUAUUCAUCAGAUCAGAAACUCAACUUCUGCGCCGAUCUUCUUAGUAGAAUGCUGUCUGGCCCUGGCUUCUGGACUCGCUUAGUCGGUCCCUUCCGUGAACCUGUCCGACCUGAUGAUGAUGGCGUGCCGGAUUAUUUCGAGAAGGUCAAGAAGCCUAUGGAUCUCAGCACGAUCAAAGGCAAGAUGGAUCGCCGAGAAUAUAAUAACGAGCAAGAGUUUCAGGCCGACGUCCGUCAGAUCUUCACCAACUGCUAUACAUAUCACAAAAACGACUCGCCGAUGUGGCUCAACUGCGAGAAAUUCCAAAAGACGUUCGAAGAGAAGUAUGCGACAAUGCCUAAGUGGAUUGCUAAGAUGGAGGGCGACGAAGCUGCCUAAUUCUCUCAUAUCUGAACGCUUUUGUUUAUAGGCGAGAAUCAGGUUACGUGGCAAUGGAUCUCUACACACUCACACUCACCCUCGCAUAAUUCGGUCUUAAUACAUCGAGGAUGAUUCAGUUAAC